AUGAGAACUGUGGUUGAUAUUCUUUUCAAAAAUAGACAAAGCAACACUUCUCUACCUACUGCUAUUUUGGUUUCUUUUGAUAAAUAUCAUGGUCCCUCUGUUAGAACAUCAAAAAGAACUCAGGCUAUUCCAAUUGUUUUGGUUUUGUAUACUUGGGAGA